ACUUGGUGAGUGUCUGGGUCGCCUUGCUCCCGGCAGAGUUGCGGGGCUCUCCCUCGGGACGGCGGCAGUCUCGAGUGGUCCUGCAGGCGCCCUCACUCGGGUCUGGGGCCGCCCUGACCGCCACCCACCCCGGGCGAACUCCAGGUACUUGGAAAAAUGGACAAGGCCUGUGAAAUGAAACGCACCGUACUGGACAGCCCUCUGGGGAAGCUGGAGCUGUCUGGUUGUGAGCAGGGUCUGCACGAAAUAAAGCUCCUGGGCAAGGGGACGCCUAAAGCUGAUGCCAUGGAGGUCCCAGCCCCUGCUGAGGUUCUCGGAGGUCCGGAGCCCCUGAUGCAGUGCACAGCCUGGCUGAAUGCCUAUUUCCACCAGCCCGAGGCUGUCGAAGAGCUCCCCGUGCCGGCUCUUCACCAUCCCAUUUUCCAGCAAGAGUCGUUCACCAGACAGGUGUUAUGGAAGCUGCUGAAGGUUGUGAAAUUCGGAGAAGUGAUUUCUUACCAGCAAUUAGCAGCCCUGGCAGGCAACCCCAAAGCCGCGCGAGCUGUGGGAGGAGCAAUGAGAAACAAUCCUGUCCCCAUCCUCAUCCCGUGUCACAGAGUGAUCUGCAGCAGCGGAGCCGUGGGCAACUACUCCGGAGGACUGGCCGUGAAGGAAUGGCUUCUGGUCCACGAAGGCCACCGGGCGGGGAAGCCAGGCUUGGGAGGGAGCUCAGGGCUGGCAGAGGCCUGGCUCAAGAGAGCGGGGGCUACCUCGGGCUCCCUGCCUGCUGGCCGAAACUGAGUGUGUGCAGUAGGAUGGAUGUUUGAGCGACACACACGUGUAACACUGCAUCAGACAUGGGCCGUGGAGGCACCACUGUAUUAAAGGAGGUGACAGUGUCCUGGGAACAAGCGUGUCUGCCCUCUCUGUUUCCAUGUUUUCCAGCAGGAUGAGUUCAGAUGCCCGCGGUCCUGCACACAUUUGUUUCCUUCUCUAACGCUGCCCUUGCUCUAUUUUUCAUGUCCAUUAAAACAGGCCAAGUGAGUGGGGAAGGCCUGGCUCAUGUUGGGGCCACAGCCCAGGAUGGGACAGUCUGGCACCGUCAGGCCACAGACGGCUGCCACAGCCACUGUCCAGAGCCAGCUAAGGCCUGUCCCAGGCCGUCCACACUAGAAAGCUGGCCCUGCCCCAGCACAUCCCCACCAUGCCUCCCUUCCUGGCUGUGUCCACAGCUGUGAUGACAUUUUCCACUCACAGUUCCUAGCAUCCCACACUCAGGUCUCACUGAAGGAAACGGGAACAGGCCCUGGAAGUCAAUGCUUACAGAGGUUUUCUAGCUUUGUUUCCUACCUGCCAAAAAAGGCUAAUGCAAGAUCCAUCCACUAUGCUCUGUAUCCGGUGGGUAGAAAAUAACCAUUUGCCAAGAUUUGGAAGGACAAAGAGCUCUCUGGACACGGGUUCGAUGGGGUUUGCACCUCUCUGAGAGCUGAAGUCGAGUCUCACCCUCGCUCCACACUCGCUGGCCUAGUGUGCUCCGGGCAGCAGGUAGGAAGGGACACGGGCCUCUCAUCUCAGGGGCUGCCCCAAAGGGGCCUCAGGGACCGUGGGCCUGUUAGGACCCCAGCACCCCAAUGUCAAUCCUGGAAGUCAAAGGUCACGACUGUGGUGGGCCAGCUCAUGUCACUGAUGGCAGCAGGGAGGGUUGCCAGCAUGGGCAGUGCGCUACCGUCUGAUACUUCAUUAUCGUGUUGUCAUGCUAGCAGUAUAAUUAACUAUAUCCAAAAGCCAGAGGGAAACCUGUAGCUCUGCAUAUGGAGAAAUAAAACAG